UGUCUCCUAACUAUGUAAUGAGAAAUACGAUGGCUUGGUGAAUUGGAAUACUAAUACUCAUCAUGCCCAGUAAUGUAAUAUUGUACUAACUUAAUCCCAGACAGGAAGUAGGCUCAAUUAUAAAGUAAUCCGAUGGAAUUCAUUAUUUUUAAUGCGUCAUAUUAAACCUCACCACGUCCUAGGUUAACAGUGACCCGGCCUACAUUACUUACAGGGGUUCGGUGAAACGCUGCCAUCUGCUGGCGGUCUGAGGGAUCGACAACAACACCACACAAAGCUACUCUGUGGUGUUCUGCAGUAUACAGCCUGUUUACAUCUCCGUUUCUGUAAGUGAAAUAUAUCGGUCAAAUAUACAUAGACAUGAUAACAAUAGGUUUAAUUCAGGCUAUUUUGUUAUUUCCAUGAAAGGGGAACGAGUCACUGGGUCUAAUGAAGCCUGGCCGCUGACACAGCAGGGAUUACUCAUGAUGACUGGAUGAAUGAGCAGUUCACGUUCACAUGCCCACUGCUCUCGCGUUCAUCAACACUUCCUACGCGGUAUUUCAUUAUCUUCCGGGCAUCGUGAGCACUCCCGAUCCACAUCAUUAGGAGACACUAACCCGCCGCCUGUAAACGCGUGUUAACGAGGGUUCAUUGCACAACACUGCAGACACAAACGCUUCCAGUUCCUUUUGUGACGGCGGGUUUCGGACCAUCUGUCCGCACCGAAGCUGCAGCCUGACGGUCGACCACCACUCAGCGAGGGGAACCCGGAACUUCACCGACACGAUCCUUAGCAGAGAUCUGGACCCCGCGGAGGUCUUCAGACCCUCCAGAACACGGUAACGUUGGCUCGAGGAUAACAGAGUAUGAUGAUGAUGCUAAUGAGGAGGAUGGCUACAAUGCGAGUCUGAUCGCAUCCCGGGCACCCAGUGCGCCGACUCAGUUGAGUGUGUCACCCUGCGUCUCGACUGGAUCGUCCGUGAGGAGCAGCAGGAGGAGGUUUUAAUCUUCCGUCGUACCUCGAGUGUAAAGUAAACACGCCGCAGUUACCGAGCAGGGACCCGGUUACCGAGCAGGGACCCGGCCGCCGGGAGGAGACGCGGCGGUGGGGGGGAGGUCCUCAUAAGCGGAUCUUUGUCAGCGGAAGGUAUGUUCACCCUGACCGAGGUGGCCUCCCUGAACGACAUCCAGCCCACAUAUAAAAUCCUGAAGCCAUGGUGGGACGUGUUCAUGGACUACCUGGGCGUGGUCAUGCUAAUGCUGGCCAUCUUUGCGGGGACCAUGCAGCUGACCAAAGACCAGGUGGUCUGCCUGCCCAUCCUGGAGGAGGCGCCAGAGGCCCCCGGUGGCGGCGGACAUUUUGACGUCCACUCCGCCCCUCUGGACGCAGCCGCCGCGCUAUUGGCCGACGGCCGACCGGCGGACGUCUUCCGGAAGUACGUCUUCGGCGAGCCGGUGGAGGUGGGCUUCCCCGAGCCCACGGGCGUGCGGACGGCGCUGGACUUCCAGCAGUACGUCUUCGUGAACCAGAUGUGCUACCACGUGGCGCUUCCCUGGUACUCCAAGUACUUCCCCUACCUGGCGCUCAUCCACACCAUCGUGCUCAUGGUCAGCAGCAACUUCUGGUUCAAGUACCCCAAGACCAGCUCCAAGAUUGAGCACUUCGUCUCCAUCCUGGGCAAGUGCUUCGAGUCGCCGUGGACGACCAAGGCGCUGUCGGAGACGGCGUGCGAGCACUCGGAGGAGAACAAACAGCGACUGGUCGGGCCCUCCUCGCUGCCCAAACACUUCUCCACCAGCAGCGAGGAGGGCAGCCCCAACCAGUCCGCCCCCGCCACGCUGGUCAAGUCUAGCGUCCAGUUCUCCGCCGAGAAGCUGGUGAUCGAGGUGCCCGCGAUGACCAUCCUGGACAAGAAGGACGGAGAGCAAGCCAAGGCGCUGUUCGAGAAGGUCAGGAAGUUCCGGGCUCACGUGGAGGACAGCGACCUGAUCUACAAGCUCUACGUCGCGCAGACGGUCAUCAAGACGGUCAAGUUCAUCCUCAUCCUAUGCUACACCAUGACCUUUGUCGCCGCCAUCAAUUUCGCCCACGUGUGCGAGCCGGAGAUUAAACACUUAACCGGCUACUCAAAGUUCCAGUGUACGCACAACAUGGCGUUCAUGUUGAAGAAGCUGCUGGUCAGCUACAUCGCCCUCAUCUGCGUGUACGGCAUGGUCUGCAUCUACACGCUGUUCUGGCUGUUCCGCCGGCCCCUGAAGGAGUACUCCUUCGAGAAGGUGCGGGAAGAGAGCAGCUUCAGCGACAUACCGGACGUCAAGAACGACUUUGCGUUCCUCCUGCACAUGGUGGACCAGUACGACCAGCUGUACUCGAAGCGCUUCGGCGUCUUCCUGUCCGAGGUCAGCGAGAACAAGCUCCGCGAGAUCAGCCUGAACCACGAGUGGACCUUCGAGAAGCUGCGGCAGCACGUGACGCGGAACGCCGCGGAGAAGCUGGAGCUGCACCUCUUCAUGCUGUCGGGGGUCCCGGACGCCGUGUUUGACCUCACCGACCUGGAGAUCCUCCGGCUGGAGCUCAUCCCCGAGGCCAGGAUCACGGCCAAGAUCUCGCAGAUGACCAACCUCCACGAGCUACACCUCUACCACUGCCCCGCCAAGGUGGAGCAGACCGCCUUCGUCUUCCUCCGAGACCACCUCCGCUGCCUCCACGUCAAGUUCACGGACGUGGCCGAGAUCCCCACCUGGGUGUACCUGUUGAAGAGUCUGAGGGAGAUGUAUCUGGUGGGCAACCUGAACUCGGAGAACAACAAGAUGAUCGGGCUGGAGUCCCUGCGAGACCUCCGCCACCUGAAGACCCUGCACCUCAAGAGCAACCUGACCAAGAUCCCCACCAACAUAACAGACCUGUCGCCCCACCUCGUCAAGCUGGUGGUGGACAACGACGGGACCAAGCUCCUGGUGCUCAACAGCCUCAAGAAGAUGAUGAACCUGGCCGAGCUGGAGCUCCACAACUGCGAGCUGGAGCGGAUCCCUCACGCCAUCUUCAGUCUGACCAACCUGCAGGAGCUGCACCUGAAGUCCAACAACAUCCGGAGCAUCGAGGAGGUCAUCAGCUUCCAGCACCUCAAGAGGCUCACCUGCCUCAAGCUCUCCCACAACAAGAUCAUCAGCAUCCCGCUGUCCAUCAGCCACGUGAAGAACCUGGAGUCGCUCUACCUCUCACACAACAAGCUGGAGUCCCUGCCCUCGUCGCUCUUCAACCUGCCCAAGCUGCGCUAUCUGGACGUGGGCCACAACUCCAUCGUGGUCAUCCCGCUGGAGGUGGGCUUCCUGCAGAGCCUCCAGUACUUCGCCAUCUCCGGCAACAAGGUUGAGGUGGUGCCCAAGCAGCUCUUCAAGUGCACCAAACUGAGGACCCUGAACCUCGGCCACAACUGCAUCUCCACCGUCCCCGAGAAGAUCGGCCAGCUGGCGCAGCUGACGCAGCUGGAGCUGAAGGGGAACUGCCUGGACCGCCUGCCCCUCCAGCUGGGGCAGUGUGCGCUGCUCCGCCGCAGCGGCCUGGUAGUGGAGGACCACCUCUUCGACUCGCUGCCCCUGGAGGUCAAGGAGAGCAUCAACCAGGAGUCCGGCGUCCCGUUUGCCAACGGGGUUUGAGGAGCGACCAGGCAGCUUUUGAGUUUAGGAUUUUUGGGGGGAACGAAUAGUGUUAUUGAAGAGUAAGCAAACAAAUGAUACCGAACUUUAGAUACAGCCCCGCUGAUUGGCUCACAAGAGUUCAGAGGAAUGAGUUCCCUGUGAGAUAUGGCUUGGCUCAGGUUGGAUAAGGGUGGCCAUCACUGUAUUUAGUGGACCACUGUACUCAUAUGCCCUGUAUAUACCUGUUCCUGCUUCUGUUGUUGUUUCGACAGUUUAUUGUUUUUUUUCUUGGGAUUUGUUCCCGACAAUUUCAGCAUUGUGUUUUGUCAUAUCACUUUGUUAAAGAUAUAUACUUAAAUUGUUUUUUUGUUUUUUUUUACCACCUUUAUUUUAUGAUUUGUUUUUGAUACCAUUAGACACUGCAUAGCCCUACCGCCACAAUAUUAUUUGCUUCUUAUUUUAUUAAUGCUGUUUUGUCUUCUAGUGGUUUUCAUAGGCACUGUUUUUAGGGGUACGCCAGCUUGUCAAAGUGUAGGUGUGAGCUACAGUGAGCUACAGUCUGAGCUAGUUUGAGGUACAGUGUAACAAUUAGUUAGGUACAGUGUGAGCUACAGUGAUACAGUUCUGACCUACAGUUUGCUACAGCGAGGUACAGUGAGGUAUAGUAAGAUACAGUGUGAGCUUCAUGUUGAGCUACAGUGAGGUACAGGUUGAGCUACAGUGAGGUACAGGUUGAGCUACAGUGAGGUACAGGCUGAGCUACAGGUUGAGCUACAGGGAGGUACAGGUUGAGCUAAAGGGAGGUACAGGUUGAGCUACAGUGAGGUACAGGCUGAGCUACAGGUUGAGCUACAGGGAGGUACAGGUUGAGCUAAAGGGAGGUACAGGUUGAGCUACAGUGAGGUACAGGUUGAGCUACAGGGGGGUACAGGUUGAGCUACAGGGAGGUACAGGUUGAGCUACAGUGAGGUACAGGUUGAGCUACAGGGAGGUACAGGUUGAGCUACAGGGAGGUACAGGUUGAGCUACAGGGAGGUACAGGUUGAGCUACAGGGAGGUACAGGUUGAGCUACAGGUUGAGCUACAGGGAGGUACAGGUUGAGAUGCAGGGAGGUACAGGUUGAGCUACAGGGAGGUACAGGUUGAGAUGCAGGGAGGUACAGGUUGAGAUGCAGUGUGAGAUAGAGGGUGAGUGACUGCCCCAGCCGACCUCCGGGCACCGGUCAGACCGCACCCCCCAGCUCCAGCGCUCGGCUCCACUACCUCAGCUCAACGCCUGGUACCGCCAAACGUAAGAUCGAGCAAAGGUUGCACGACAAAGUCAAACCUCUUCUCUUUUAGCGAGCUCCCUGCCGACGUCAGGUUGAGCUACAGGGAGGUACAGGUUGAGCUACAGGGAGGUACAGGUUGAGCUACAGGGAGGUACAGGUUGAGCUACAGGUUGAGCUACAGGGAGGUACAGGUUGAGAUGCAGGGAGGUACAGGUUGAGCUACAGGGAGGUACAGGUUGAGAUGCAGGGAGGUACAGGUUGAGCUACAGGGAGGUACAGGUUGAGAUGCAGUGUGAGAUAGAGGGUGAGUGACUGCCCCAGCCGACCUCCGGGCACCGGUCAGACCGCACCCCCCAGCUCCAGCGCUCGGCUCCACUACCUCAGCUCAACGCCUGGUACCGCCAAACGUAAGAUCGAGCAAAGGUUGCACGACAAAGUCAAACCUCUUCUCUUUUAGCGAGCUCCCUGCCGACGUCAGGACCGCAGAGUCGCUGAGCAGCUCCCACAAGAGACUGAAGACUCACGUGUUCAGAGCUCACCUGGACGCUGCAUUCCCUCCCACCUUACCCACCCAUUGCCCUGUCGCCUCACUUACUCCCCGAAAUACACCUCUUUUACACACCUAUGGUAUGUUUGUAUGUCCUGGCACUUUAUGUACAUUAUGUACGCACUUAUUGUAUGUUAAACAUCCUGGCACUUAAAAAUAGAACUUAGCAUCGUGUAGCAUCUAAUCCUACCUAUCUUUGUUGAAUACGGGGAAUGGAUUAAUUUAGCAAUUUUAAGUCCUUGGCACUUGUUCUAUGAACAUCCUUAUUGUACCGACAGCGAUAUAUAUUGUUGUUUCCCUUUCUUCAGACAAAUGUACUCAUUGUAAGUGGCUUUGGAUAAAAGUGUCUGCUAUAUGCCUUUUAUGUCAAUGUAAAUGUAUUUAGUCCUCACCUCUUUAAAUCUAGAAAUCCAAGAGAAAACUUGUUGAGACUUUUUGUUGAUAUCAUAUUUUUUGCACAAACACCAUUUUGAACGAUUAUAAACAUU